GCGAGCGCUCCUGGGCGAUCGGGGCGCGGAGCCGUCGCGGGGACCGCCGCGCUCGUGGGCAGAGCCCCGCGCCGGGAUGCGGCGGCGCUGAGCGGUGCCCCCGCGGACGCCCAGAGGCCGUGCGGAGAGUCCCCGCCGCGAGCGGGGCGGGCGCGUGGCCGGCAGGAUGACCAACCCCGCGGCCGCGCAGAACAAGGAAAUAGACUGUCUGAGUCCCGAGGCCCAGAGACUGGCGGAGGCCCGGCUUGCGGCGAAGCGCGCGGCCCGUGCAGAGGCUCGCGAGAUCCGCAUGAAGGAGCUGGAGCGGCAGCAGAAGGAGAUCUAUCAGGUCCAAAAGAAAUAUUAUGGGCUGGAUUCAAAAUGGGGUGACAUCGAGCAGUGGAUGGAAGACAGUGAGCGCUACUCGCGUAGAUCCCGAAGAAACACAUCGGCUUCUGACGAAGAUGAGCGCAUGUCAGUGGGUAGUCGCGGAAGCCUGAGGUCGCAGCCCGACUUGGAGUACGGGGGUCCCUACGCCUGGACAAAUGGUUAUGAUGGAGAAUUACACGGACCACAGUCCCUGCAAAGAAGAUCUAGCAGGGUUGAAGAGAGACCAGACAGAGAUUUUGCUGAGAAGGGCUCUCGCAGCAUGCCGGGCCUGUCUGCAGCCACGCUGGCCUCUCUGGGAGGGACGUCCUCUCGGAGAGGCAGCGGGGACACCUCCAUCUCCAUCGACACUGAGGCCUCCAUCAGGGAAAUCAAGGAACUCAGUGAGUUAAAGGACCAGAUUCAGGACGUAGAAGGCAGAUACAUGCAGGGAUUGAAAGAGAUGAAGGACUCCCUAGCAGAAGUUGAGGAGAAAUAUAAGAAGGCCAUGGUGUCCAACGCUCAGCUAGACAAUGAAAAGACAAACUUCAUGUACCAGGUCGAUACUCUAAAAGAUAUGUUGUUGGAACUUGAAGAACAACUGGCUGAAUCUAGGCGACAGUAUGAAGAGAAAAACAAAGAAUUCGAAAGGGAGAAGCAUGCCCACAGCACGCUGCAGUUCCAGUUUGCUGAAGCGAAAGAGGCCCUGAAGCAAAGAGAAGAAAUGCUAGAGAAACAUGGAAUAAUCCUAAAUUCAGAAAUAGCUACCAAUGGAGAGACUUCAGACACUCUAAAUAACGUUGGAUACCAAGCUCCCACCAAGAUCGCAAAAGAGGAGUUAAAUGCCCUCAAGUCGACAGGGGACGGGACGCUAGGAAGAGCCAAUGAAGUGGAGGUGAAAAAUGAAAUUGUGGAGAGUGUGGGGAAAAGAGCAAUCUUGCAGAAUACUGAGAAAGAGCAGCACACCGAGGACGCAGCAAAGCAUUGUGUGGACGUGGAGGUACGUCCUGGGGGCAGUGCCGAGGACCAGCAAGCCUCUGAUGAAGACAAAGCGCCCUCCCUGGGGACGUUAGCGGGUGCGGAACGUGAGGAACAGGUUCAGAGCCAAAAUCCAGAGAACACCCCUCUCCUUGGAAGCGUAGAGCAGGUUAAGUCCCAUGAGGUCACACACGUGCCAGAUGACAGGACUGGAGCUGUCCUUAGCCACCAUUUGAGCGAUUUAGACAGUGAAGUCCCAGGUCCCAGGAGCAGGCAGGGCAGUUGUAAUAAUGCCGUGGGUAUCGAAAACCAGAGUAAGGAAUCUGUGGAAAAGCAGGAAAAAGAAAAACAAGAGGAUUCUAAAAGCCACUCGGAAGAGGUUAGCUCAGAGCCGUGUCAGGAGCACACUCCUCUGCCAACAUCUGAAAUGGGAAGGGAAGGCGCGGACUCCUGUGGGCAAAGUGCGAGCUGCACAGAGCACGUGGCACAGGCAGGCGACACCCAGGGUGGGCAGCAGCUGGGCACAAUGUGUCAGGGCGAGCAGCGUGCGGGAGCUGCCCUGGAGGAGUUGGAUCCAAGCGUGGGAUGCAGUUUAGAGAAAGAAGUGACCAGCCAGGAAGUGGCCGGGCCCCAGGAGGCCCCAGCGCAGAGCACGGAAGCAGGGAGGGAGGGCAGUGAAGAAGAGAGCGAAGAAGCAGGGCUCGGGGGUGAGAAACCAGUCGAGGCAGGUGUCCAGAACGUUCCUGGUUCACCGGCGGCCGAGAGCCAUCGUCAGGAGGCAACAGGCCCAAGCGUGGUCGACACCGAACGUGACCCCCUAGAUACGAGAGAGCCCAGGGAGGAGAAGAGUGACCAACAGGCAGAGGCCUUGGAGUCAUCACCAAGGAAGGCAAAGAACAAGAAAAAGAAAAACAAGAAGAAAAAAUCGACAGGACCUGCAGAAACCCUUAAGGAUGUUAAGACAGAGGUGACACAUCAGAGCACAGAUGUAAGUGAAGUUAAGGAGGAAGAGCAGGUGACAUUCACUGACGGAGAGUCCGCAGUGGAAGCUCUAGACGAGGUGACCAAAAAUCCAGAGCAGAACAUCGUAGCAGAAAGCAGUGAACAUGCUGAUUGUCCAGAAAAUCCUGCAAUUGAGUUGGAUGGAAAACUUAACCAAGAAGCUGUAAAAACACAAGCAGGGAAAGUAACAGCUGGUGGAGACACGUUAGAGUUCGGAGAUGACACAGUUCCAUCCUCAGGCACUAGCGUUAGCGACAGAGAACUAGAUGAAGAUGUCAUUAAAAGUAACACUAAGAAAGGUGGUGCCGCCCAAGACAGUCCCCCAGAACCGGAGAAUGAAGCAGGCGGUGGCCGCAGCCCGCUCGGAAAUCAGAGUCCCGCAGAGGAAACGAACGAUGCCGCCCAGACAGGCAGCGCAGGGGGGCCCGCCAUGCCAGAACACCCCGGCCGGAGAGGCGACAAAGCUUUAGACAGCAUUAGUCUAGAAAGCGACGACUCGGCACCAGCGGGAGAGGCGGGGGGCUUGGAUUCCGGAAGCAGCGAAGAUAUAAGGAGAGGGAGUGAGAAGGGGAAAGGCAAGGAGGACUGCACCAUGUCCUGAGCGGAGCCCGCCGCAGAUGGCGCACGACGGGAGGCCGAGCUUUAGAGAAGGGCCAGGGACUCUGCGCAGUAAGUCUAAUGGUAAGAGACUCUUGUCUGCCAUCUCCCCUGGCGACGUAAGUAGAAUGUUCUAAGUUGAUUCAGAUGCGCUGCACGACAUCAGUCAUCGGGUGCUCUGCGGCACAGACCGCUGCUUGGGGAUUUACGUGUAACCAUUGACGUCGUCACCCAGGUUGGAAAGAAAGACAUGUCUGUUAUCACUGUAAGUUCUAAGGGAGAGCAUUCCAGUAGUAUCGAACAAUAGCGUAUACUAUUUAUAUUCCAGCUUAAAAUAAAAUAAAAAUAUUGAACAGUUGCCUUAGGCUGAUAUGAAUGUGGCUGUUCUUGACCAAACAUAUCAGCUUCUAACUGAAGUGACCAAAUAGCAUUCUUAGAUUUCUGUAUUAGGGGUAUAAUCGAUAUUUAAAUGAAUGCCUCCUUCACAUAUGUGUACUUUCAUACUUGAUUUUAGUAUAUACAUUGUAACCCGUAUGGCAUUGUAUUUAAAAGAAAUAAACACCCAAAUAGCAAAUAGGUCACUGAGUGAUAAGAUUUGCACCUUAGGAAAAUAAUUAAUCAUUUUAGGGUUAACAAUAUCUCAAAGCAUGAGGGGACUCUUACUUUCCUUUACCUCAUGUAAAUCUUUUAUCUCAAAUCAAUGCUUUUGGAUCUCACUGUUAAUGGUACCGGAAUUUACUUUGUAGGAGACUUUGAGUUCACUUCAUGCUGUUGCUGUGUACCCAAUUCAAUUUAUACUAAGAUUUUUUUAAAAAAGCUUUUUUAUGGAAGUGGCAUAUGUUGAAAUUUCAUUUCCUAUUGCAGUAUUUGGGCAGGGAAGUCAUUAAAUGUUUUUGAACCUUAAAAUCCCUUCUCUUUCUGUUUGAGUGUCUAAUCAUUAUGCAAGCGAGAAAUAUAAAAGGUUACUUCUUGUGCAGACUACUAAUUAGACUAUCAUAAGAUAUUUUAAAGAGUUGAAUCACUUUUGGUAUUUUGGUAUAAAUAUUUUCAUUUAUUGUUUCUCAGCAUAUUGUUAUUGGAAAAUUCUUGUUUUGAUCUGCCUGAAGAAAAAAUAUAUUUUCUAUAUAAAGAAGCAUUUAAAAAAUAAUUGUAAAGGUAGACUAAAAAAUUGUGACAUAUGACAUCACAAAGGAAUGUAUGUUAUGAAUGCUGUUGACACUUUAUGAGAUUAUGUGGGUUCAUAUUACUGUUACGAGAUAUAAUUGAAUGCAAAAAGACCAAAGCCUCAGUAAAAGUUGAGGCAAACAUAAGUGUUACUAUGUAAUUGAAAUAAACACAUUUUAUAAUU